AUGUCACACAACAACAUUUGUGAUAAACUCUUAUAAGAUUAUGAUAGCGAUGAUAACGAAGAUGUGAACUUAAAUCAAUUAGAAUAAGACUAUAAGUCUGUUUUUUAAGUGAGUGCAAAGCAAUUUCAUAAUAUCCCUAGUACAGAUAAUUAUAAUGUUGAUAAAAAUGUGAUUUAAAUAUCUGACAAUAACGUUUAAUCCAAUAACUAGCAGAAUCAAUUUAAUGAAAAAUAAUAACCAUCUAAUCCUACCAAUAAUUAGUAGAGGCAUAUCUAACACCAAAGUAGCUAUUAAGGUUAAUCCUUGCCUUCAAUUUUAAAAAAGAAAUCCUCCUACGAUUAAAGCUCAAAUUUAAUUUAAGGCUAAUUUGGUUUUGAAGCCUAAAAUUUAUAAAAAAGUUAAGGAGAGUAGCUGGUAGGUUCUCGCGAUAACAGAGAUUCCUAAGACAUUGAAAAAUCGUAAUAAUCACCUCUAAAUUAGCAAGUAAGGUUUGGAAGAAAACAAGAAAAAAAGUUUAGUAUUUAAGACGAAGUUCUUAAACUCGAUAGAGUAGAGAGCAUCAAUCAGUAAAAUUAAAAAAUUGAAGAAGAGGAUUAAAAGAUUUAAGAUUAAGACGAACCAGGAAGCGUAGACUAAGAAAUGUUGAACAGAUCAGAAAUGGAUUACUGGAAAGGUGAACUUCCUUUGGAUUUGUUUUUAGAGAGCACCUAUGAAAAUGGGUAGAGAACAAAUUUAGAUGCACUUACUGUUUAUAGACCAGAUGUAGAACCAAUACUUUAUCAGUCUAAAACAAAAAAUAUUGAAUCUUAUUUGUAUUUUGAUGAGAAAUCAUAUGAUUAUCAAGCAAGUGUAAAAGAUGGAAGGAGAAGAAAUAUGCUUAGAAGAAUCAAUGAAAAUGACGGAUUUUUAGGUUUCUACAGUCAAAAUAAGCGCAGUGAUGUCCUUAAGAUGCUUAUUUGCGUUACUAUGUACAGUGAAAGCAGAGAAUUCUUGGAAAAUACUCUCUACCAUAUUUAUUAAAAUUAAAAAGGGUUUCUUCAAAUUGGGUUAAAAGAUUUUCAAAUUUGCGUUGUUGUUAUAUAAGAUGGUAUUAUGAAAAUGAAAGAAGAGUCAGUUGAUUUUUAUACUGAAAUAGAAGGUGAAAUUAGAGAUCCUAAAAGAAACUUAAAAAUUAGAAGAUUUGACAUUUAGAGCCAAUUAGACUACUUUAAGUUUAAUAAUUAAUAAUCCCUUAUUGAUGCUAAUGAAGGACUUCCUCCAACUAUCCCUAAGCGUAUUGCUCUUACAUACUAAAAUCGUUUAUAUUUUGUAAAGGAAAAUCAUAAAAACAGAUACGAAAAACCUAAGGUUUAUAGCUCAAAUUGCAGAGGCUACUCAAAUAAUUAAAUAGGUAUGACAGUUUUUAGCGUUUUCAAGCAUAAAAAUGCAAAAAAGCUCUCCUCCCACAUGUGGUUUUUCGAAGGUUUCUGCAGAUAAUUUAAUCCUAAAUACUGCGCUCUUGUUGAUGUAGGAACUUUACCUGCUCCAGACGGAUUACUGAAAUUUUACAUGGCAAUGGAAGGAAAUUCAAGGAUUGGUGGUGUAUGUGGAUUCUUAGGUUUAGAAGAUCCUCCAGAAUAUAAAAGCAAAGAAAAUUAAGUUGUUGAAGGAAAUGUAUCACUUGAUGAAGAAAUUAAACAAAAAAAAGAAAAUUUAAGGUUGAAUACAAAAUGGUGGAAUAUUUGGCAAUCAAAAAAAUAAUAAUAGUCUUCUAAUCAGAAUAACGAUAAUAUUGAUGAAGUUUAAUAAUAAGACAUCUAAAAAAUCGAACUUUAAAAGAAAAAAGAUUCUCACUUUAAGAAAAAAAUAAUAUCAACUACCAUUUUUUCAUUUUUUUUCUUUCUUCCUAUUUAGAUAAUUUACUUUACUCUUUACUUAAUAUACUUCAUCCUCUUUAAAUGUGUCUUCAAAUGCAUUUUCAAAAUUCUAAAAUGGAUUUCAUAUAAUUACUUAUCUGGAUUGGCAAGUCUUAAAAAAGCCCAGCUUUAUGAGUACACUAUGGCUCAUAUGCUAGAUAAAAAUUUUGAAUCACUUUUAGGAUUUUUGCAUGUUCUUCCAGGUGCCUGGUCAGCUUAUCGAUAUAAAGCACUAGAAAUUAAACUUUCUUAAAGAUAAAAUCUACUAUAAAAACGCUAUUUUAAAUAAUUGAUAAAUCCUGAUUAAUUAGAAGGAAAUAUCUAGGAAGCAAAUAUGUUUCUAGCAGAAGACAGAAUCUUAUGUCUUGGUAUAUAUUGCUAGCCAGAUUCUAAUUUUAUCUUGAAAUACAUACCUGAUGCCUAAGCCUUUACAGAUCCUGUUGAAACUCUAGAAGAAUUUAUGAAUUAACGUAGAAGAUGGAUUAACAGUACUCUCUAUGCAUUAGAUUACGUUUUAAAGCACUUUUCAUUUCAUGUCCAAGAAAGCAGUCAUAGUAGUUUUUCUAAAUAUAUUCUUUUACCAUUUAACAUGUUAUUUGCAAAAAUUGGAAAAUUAAACACUUACUUUAUUCCUGCAUUUUACAUGUUUGUUGCAAUAACAAGCAGCUUUUAAUUAAUAUCGCCUGAGAUAAAAAAAGGCUAUAUGUUUCGUACAACAGAAAACUACAGUGACGAUGAUGGAUGUAUUAUUGGUAUGGAAGAACCACAACAAGAUGAUCUUUGUUCUUCAUAAAAUAAGGAAUUUUGCUACAUUGUGUGUGAGGAAAAAGACUUUCCCAGUUAUCUACUUCUUCUUUUCGAUAUAGUACCUGCGAUUUACAUCAUAUGCUUCCUGCUGAUAGUAUUUGCAAGCUUAACUUUUCGUAUUAAGCGUGUAAACAGACUAGCUGUAUUUGAAGAGUUAAGUAGAACAUUACUCACAAGUGAGUAGAAAUAAGAAGUUUAAAAAAAAGAAGAUGAGAUUAAGUAGUAGCAAAAGGUAUUGAGAGAGUCAUUGCAACUUUCUUCAAAACAAAUUAAGUAAGCAAAUAAAAAAAUAAAUGAAGCUGAAAAGAAGCUCAAAGAAUACAUAAUAAAGAUUACUAAAAAGUCGUUUAAAGAAAUGGAAUAAAAGAUCUAGUAACACUAAGUGAAGCUUACUCCUAAAGAAAAACUAUUUAAAGAAAAAUAUGAUACAUUAACUUCAUAAGAUUUUUCUAAUAGUUCAUUUAAAAUUCUCUCAGCUAUUAUGUCAUUUAUAAGUAUUAUAGUGAUGAUCAUAGUAACUUUUGCCAUUUUGAUGAAUAUCUUCAACGAUAAUUUUGGAUUAGUUAAAAGCUUUGUAAAAUUAGAAUAUUGGUUAAGGUUGUAUGUUAUCAUUAUGGCAUGUCUCAAUACUGGAUCAUUUUUUAUCCUUCUGUUUGUCCACUUACUUUUCUAACCUAAACUUGUUUGGUAUAUUAUAAUAUCUUAUUGGAGCUAUACAAUAUACUAACCUAUAUAUAAUUUCACUUUAAUCAUAUUCUCAUUUUGUAAUAUUGAUGAUGUUACUUGGGGAACUAAAGGUAUUUCAUCAGAAGCUACUUCAUAAUUGUUUUAUCAAAGCAAAGUUAAAUUUCUACUAAAAUGGUUUUCAGCAAAUGCUCUUCUCUUAAUGGUUAUGAUUUGUGGUAAUAUUUUCUCUGGAAAAACUCCUUAUAUUAUUUUGUUAAUUGGUAUGUAUGGAACAUUGUAUCUAACUGUUAAAACUAUAUUAGCAAUAUUCAAUUACAUAAAGUAUUUCGUGAUUGAUAAGUGGAUAGCAUAUUGCAGGAUCAGAAGAUUUAAGAAUAAAAAUAAAGUGCAAUAGCAAGAAAUAGAAAAUAAAUUCAAAGAUUUCCUAAAGAAGAUAGAGUCCUCGAAGACAAAGAGUCAUAAUGAAUGGAGAGAACUAUACAAUAAUAAUAAAACAAUCAGCUAAGAUUAUAUUUAGAAGUUUAUAACUUCCCCAAAAAGUCAUUCAUGA